AGAAGGCAUUUGGAGGAGGCUAGGUCUUGAAGAGGAGAGCAAGCUUACAUAAAUAUCAAUCCAAGUGCUAGGGUUGUAGAGUUUUCUUCAAUCCAAACAAGUGACGCUAUGGCUGGGAGGAAUGAUGCUGCGAUUGCUGCUGCUUUGGAAGCGAUGGCUCAGGCUAUGCAGAACCAACCGAAUGCUGACGAGAAUGCUGGAUCUCGUAGUUUGGCGACUUUCCAAAGGGAGAAUCCGCCUGUGUUCAAGGGUACGCAUGACCCUGAUGGUGCUCUUGAGUGGUUGAAGGAGAUCGAGAGAAUCUUCCGUGUUAUGGAUUGCACUCCUGCACAGAAGGUUAGAUAUGGCACUCAUAUGCUGGCUAAGGAAGCAGAUGAUUGGUGGCUUGAGACCCGUAGGAGGUUGGAGGCUCAUGGUGAGGAGAUCACUUGGAUUGCGUUUCGCAUGGAGUUCUUAAGGAAAUACUUUCCUGAGGAUGUCCGUGGUAAGAAGGAGAUUGAAUUCCUUGAGCUGAAACAAGGGAACAAGUCUGUUGUGGAGUAUGCUGCUAAGUUUGGUGAGCUGGCUAAGUUUUACCAAUACUAUGAUGGUCCGAAUGGUGAGUUUUCCAAGUGUAUCAAGUUUGAGAAUGGGUUGCGUCCUGAAAUCAAGAAAGCUGUCAGUUACCAGAAGAUCCGUAUUUUUGUUGAUUUGGUUGAUAGUUGUCGGAUUUAUGAGGAGGACAACAACGCUCAUUAUCGUGUUAUUAAUGAGAAGAGGGGCAAGAAUCAACAAAGCCGUGAGAAACGAUAUGAUACUAGUAAAGGGAAGCAAAGAAGGUGUUACCGUUGUGGUAAGACGGGACAUAUGUCAUCUGCCUGUAAGCAUAAGGAUGUUGUUUGCUUUAACUGUGGUGCGGAGGGACAUAUUGAUAGCCAGUGUCAGAAGCCAAAGAAGACAGCUGUAGGUGGUAAAGUGUUCGCUUUGUCAGGAACUCAGACAUCUAGUGAGGAUGGUCUUGUUAGAGAUUGGGUCUCCCCUUGUCUGCUAUGA